AUGAUGCGACAUGGCAUUCAAUUGGAAGCAACUGCAAUUCAAGUUGCAGUUGGUUGGAUUCCGUGCCGGCACAUCAAUGGUCGCAAUGGCAUGCUAUUUGAAUUGAACAAGUGUCAGCGUCAAGGGUAUAUAGUGUUGCCAGAGUGUAUGUGUGUGUGUGUGUUUGCCAGAGAAUUGUAUUUGCAUGUACUGUCGGUGCAUAAGGACGACAAUGCUCUCAAAACUCAAAAUAUUAACACUUUAACGCCAAGUUUUUUAUCCGGCUGCCGGAAGCAGACAACACAAUGCACCCACACACACACACCCACACAUACAUACGCCACACACUCGCAAAUAAAGUGUGGCGGCCGUUACGGUGGCAAAACGCCAUGUUGGAUUAUUCAACUCGACGCCAUUUCGCGUCACAAUGCGCGCUAUGCGCCGCCAUCAUUGCACUCGACAGCAAACGGCAAGGCAGAGGCGGCCAACGCGACGGAUGAAGUUGCAAUUCAAAGUCAUAAACACGUGCAGCGUGGGCGCAAAGUCGCAGCUAAGCUGCAAGCUGCCGCUGCCACUGACAUAAGCAAUAGCAACAACAGCGCUGGCACUUCCUUCUGGGCCAGCCAGCAGUCAGGCAGUCAGGCAGCCGGGCAGCCGGGCAGCCAGCAUCCAGGCAUUGCCGCCACUACUCCACAGCUGGCUGCCAGGCAAGCUAACGAGUCUGUUAGCCAGCCCGCAGCCACAGGCAGAAACUGGAGGAGUGGCCACAGCGCCAGCGUCAGCUACAGCUACAGCUACAGCUUCAGUUUCAGCACCAGAUUCAGUUUCAGCUACAGCUACAGCCAUGUGCUGCUGCUGCUGUUGCUGGAGCUGCAUUAA